AUGCUUUAUCCGAAUGAAGAUUUUGAUGAUUGUAACAAUGGAUUCCCUCCCAAAUUCGCAAUUUGUUUGGAGAAAAAUGUGAAGGGCAAACCUUACCAUUAUCUUCUUAUAUUGCCAGACUAUCCGCAAGAUUUUAAAGAAAUGGCUAUUAUUCGAUAUUGGUUAAAACAACUAUUUAAUUGUGCAUAUGAAAAAGCUUUGUUUGAUGAAGUAGUAUUCAAUCCAGAAAUUAUUAAUUUAUUAUUUUGUGACGACAGAACAACUCUUCGUCAAUUUCUUAUUGAUAAGCCAGAAAUAUUUUCGAGAUCAUCUACGUUUAGAAAAAUCUGGGAAUAUUCUUUAAAUUAUUUUAAAAUUUAUGAACGUCUAGAAUUCAAUUUUGACUCAUUUGACAGCGAAGAUUUUUAUAUUUUAUUCAAAAUUUUGCUAAAUGAAGGCAAAAAAUUACCCAAAGUUUGUCUCAAAUUUAAUAAAUCUGAAAAAGACUGGUUUCGUGAACAGGUUUUUGAUCCUCUUGUUGAUGUAAGUUUUGAUGACAUUUUGAAAUAAAUUUUUGCUUUACAAAUAUUGGG